AUGCGAUACUUCUGGGGAAUGGAGGUGGCGAGAUCAAAAAAUGGAAUCAGCGUUUCACAACGUAAAUAUGUCCUUGAUCUCCUAAUUGAAACCGGCAUGCUAGGUUGCAAGCCAAGUGAUACACUAGUUGAAGCAGGAAAAAGACCUAAUGAUUUGGGAAAUCAAGUGGAUACAGACACAUGCCAGAGACUAGUUGGAAAGUUAAUCUACCUGUCACACACUAGACCCGAUAUUGCAUUCGCAGCGAGUCGUAAGAGUGAAAGGAAAGAUGUUGAAGCUUUCACAGAUGCGGACUGGGCAGGUUCAAUAGAAGAUAGAAGAUCAACCACGGGUUAUUGUACUUAUGUAUGGGGAAAUCUUGUGACUUGGAGGAGUAAGAAACAAAGUGUAGUUGCCAGAAGCAGUGCUGGGGCCAAGUUCAGAGUUGUAGCACAAGUCCAACAUGAUCACACCAAACAUAUAGAACUUGACAGACACUUCAUAACAGAAAAUGUUGAGGAAGGAACUAUUUGCAUGACCUACGUUCCCACACAAGAGCAAGUUGCAGAUAUCUUUACCAAGGGACUACCUUGA